CCUUGUUUCGCCUGUGUGUUCGCCCGGCGGAGUGCGUUGAGCGAAGCACUGGACGUCGGCGGCUGGCGGAGCCGGGCGGCGAAGCUGGAGCGGCGGUGGCGGCGGCGGCGGGAGGCCGAGGCCAGGGCUGAGGCCGAGGCCGGAGUUGCGAGGCCUUUGGGGAGGCAGGCGGCGGCAGCCCGGGGCUCGAACCCGGAGGCAGGAGCGGCCACCAUGGCCGAGAACAUCAUAAUCCGAGUCCAAUCCCCGGAUGGAGUGAAGCGGAUCACAGCAACAAAGAGAGAAACAUCUGCAACGUUUUUGAAAAAGGUUGCAAAGGAGUUUGGAUUCCAAAACAACGGCUUCUCAGUUUACAUCAAUAGAAACAAGACUGGAGAGAUAACAGCAUCGUCCAGCAAAUCCCUUCAUUUGCUAAAAAUCAAGCAUGGCGAUUUGUUGUUCCUGUUUCCCUCAAGUCUUGCUGGACCUUCGUCUGAAAUGGAGACAUCGACCUCACUAGGGUUAAAGGCCUUUGGUGCUCCUAAUGUGGUUGAAGAUGAGAUCGAUCAAUAUCUCAGCAAGCAGGACGGGAAGAUUUAUAGGAGCCGGGACCCACAGCUAUGUCGCCAUGGCCCCUUGGGGAAGUGUGUCCAUUGUGUCCCAUUGGAGCCAUUUGAUGAGGACUAUCUGAACCACUUGGAGCCUCCUGUGAAGCACAUGUCCUUCCAUGCCUACAUCCGGAAGCUGACUGGAGGGGCAGACAAGGGGAAGUUUGUUGCCCUGGAGAACAUCAGCUGCAAGAUUAAGUCAGGGUGUGAGGGACACCUCCCAUGGCCAAAUGGUAUCUGCACCAAAUGCCAACCUAGUGCCAUCACGCUGAACAGACAGAAAUACAGACAUGUGGACAAUAUCAUGUUUGAGAAUCACACUGUUGCUGACCGCUUCCUUGACUUCUGGAGAAAGACAGGAAAUCAGCAUUUUGGGUAUUUAUACGGACGGUACACAGAGCACAAGGACAUUCCCCUUGGCAUCAGGGCUGAAGUGGCUGCAAUUUAUGAGCCUCCUCAGAUCGGUACACAGAACAGCCUGGAGCUUCUGGAAGAUCCGAAAGCUGAGGUGGUUGAUGAGAUUGCUGCCAAACUUGGCCUGAGGAAGGUUGGAUGGAUAUUCACGGACCUUGUCUCAGAAGAUACCCGAAAGGGUACAGUCCGAUACAGUCGGAAUAAGGACACCUAUUUCCUGAGUUCAGAAGAAUGCAUCACUGCAGGAGACUUUCAAAACAAGCACCCCAACAUUUGCCGGCUCUCUCCCGAUGGUCAUUUUGGAUCCAAGUUUGUUACUGCAGUGGCCACAGGUGGUCCAGACAACCAGGUUCACUUUGAAGGGUACCAGGUAUCCAAUCAGUGCAUGGCACUGGUCCGAGAUGAAUGUCUUCUACCUUGUAAGGAUGCCCCUGAGCUCGGCUAUGCCAAGGAGUCCAGCAGUGAGCAGUAUGUUCCUGAUGUGUUUUAUAAGGACAUAGACAAGUUUGGCAAUGAGAUCACCCAGCUGGCCCGUCCCCUGCCUGUGGAGUAUCUGAUCAUAGAUAUCCCAACCACCUUCCCCAAGGAUCCAGUUUACACUUUUUCUAUUUCACAAAAUCCGUUUCCUAUUGAAAACCGGGAUGUGCUGGGUGAGACACAGGACUUUCAUAGUUUGGCCACUUACUUGUCCCAGAAUACCUCGUCCGUGUUCUUGGAUACCAUCUCUGACUUCCAUCUCCUGCUGUUUCUGGUCACCAAUGAAGUCAUGCCACUGCAGGACAGUAUCAGCCUGCUGCUAGAAGCCGUGAGGACCAGAAAUGAGGAGCUAGCACAGACAUGGAAAAAAUCUGAACAGUGGGCCACCAUUGAGCAGCUUUGCAGCACUGUUGGUGUGCAGCUCCCAGCUCUCCAGGAGUAUGGCGCAGUCGGGGGCUCGGCACGUGCUGCUACCUCUGCCAUGUGGGCCUGUCAGCACUGUACCUUCAUGAACCAGCCUGGCACUGGCCACUGCGAGAUGUGCAGCCUCCCCAGGACCUAGGGCUCUGGCCCUCUACUGAGCGGGACUGGGCCAGCCCAGCCCUCUCUGAAGCCUGGAGCGCCACAUGUUUCCUAUAAGGCCGAGCCGACAGCCCUGAAGCAGUGGGCCAGCUGCCCUGGUAUUCCGGAUACACUGAGGCUUCUCAGUGCGGAUCUUGAAGAGAAAGCGCCCCAGCUGCUAUGCUGGGCUUGAACAGAACCUCCCAACUGGAAGGGCAGAGCAGCCCUGCCCAAGAGCACCCCACAUGCCUCACCUAGUUAUUAGCUCCCUACUGUAUUGGAAGGACUGAGCACCUCCAAACAAUCACCUGAAAUUGGGGGUGCAGAGAGGUUGCUGCUGUCACCCCGCUGUCUUUCCUUUCUCUAUGCUUUUUGUUUUCUGCCUCCCACCUUCUCCCCAGUGUUUGGAUGGAUGCUCCUGGCUGUCUCUGUUCCCUUGCUGUGGGAUGUGUCCCUCCUGUUGGGAGCAUGGGUGGCUGGCUAGCUGUGGUCCUCGGUCUGGCCUGCAGUGUGAUGUGUCCCUGUCCUUGCCUGAAAUCAGCAGUUAUCAGUAACUCCUGCCCAGAAAACUUUUAUUUAUUGUUUUGAAGAUAAAACUGCACAGACGGGAGUGAGAGCAAUGUAAUUCUGCUUUCUUUCCUCUUGAGUGCAGCCCCUCCCGGGUGGUCAGGUGGUUAUGGGCAGGGGCCACCAUUAGUUCUCCUCGGAAGCAAACCUCAGUGCCUGAGACUUUCCUACCAUGCCACAGGAUGGUGGCAGCUGGUAGCCUGGGUGGUUUAGCAGAGCAGUGGUGGCUCUUGCCUGGUAGUCCCUUCAAGUGUGUGGGCCAGCCCUGGGAUUCAGGUCCCCUCCCAGCACUGUUCCUUUUCCCAAGGCCUCCCUACACUGUGGCCUUCUUGCACAGUGCUGUAGCAGUUGAGACAGUCUAGAAAAGGUGCCCAUGUGGCCACCAUGAGGCUUGGACAGGUGUGGGCAAUUAAAAAUGGUCUCUGAGGGUCCCUUGUGGCUGUGUUGUGACAGCCCUUACCCAGGUUAAGAUAUGGAUAUCUUGAUGCCUCUUUGCCUUAAUGAGAGCUAAGUCAGCUGUCCUUUACCCUGGGAAAGGCCAUGCCUUCCGUAUCCUUAGCCCUGUGGGCAGGACACUUGUCUGCUAGGUCUUCCUGGGGCAGGGUUAGGGUCAGCACCGCUGGUUUCACCUGGCAUGCAAUCUGAAGUCAAAGGCCCAGGGGCUCUGGACCCAUUGAGUUUGGUCUGGUAUUGACAGGGUCAUCCUGGAGGGUCAGGAGGUAGAGAGCAAACAGUCUCUCCAGCCACCUACCAACAGCCUACAGAGAAAGUGCUGAGGGCUAUCUUUCUCCUUCCUGGUAGUCUCCCUGUCUUUUCUGGUCCCUGAGAUCUGGUAGACUGGAUGUCCUAGCAUAGCUGUGUUCCUGAUGCUGACUAUACUGGCACCAUUGUACAUGCUGGGCAGGUGCUGGGCAGCACAGACUCUGGAGACCUUUUUGCCACUACUUAUUCCCCAUUCAUCUUUGUCUACAAAGUUAAUUACUUUUCUCAUGUUCUGGCAUCCAAAUAAUUCUUGUUUUCUCUGUCUUUUAGCUAAAGAAAUUGUUGUGAUUUCUCUGCUUAUGGUUUUCAGUUACUCUUUGUUCAGUAAUGCACUUUAUUUUAUUGUCCAAAGAGAGUCAAGCUAAUGCUACCAGCUUGGGGUGAGCCCUACAGAAGGUUCAGGCCUGAGCCUCUAAGCUACCUCCUCCUACAUGGAGGUGGCCCUAGUCCCACCUCUAAUCCCUCCUGCCAUCAGGCACUAUAACCCAGAAAGGGGUGCCUGUGGGUAUACCUACCCAAGUGAACCCAGUGGCUGCCAUGGUCCUCUUCAGGCUCAGAAAUGGGGCCUAGCCCUGGCCUUGCUCUGACCAGCCUGCUCCUGGGACAUGGGUGCUCCCGCUUCGGCUCUGCUUUGGGCUCAUAGGUGUGCAUUGGCUGGGUGUGGACUAGUAUUUCUUUGACCCUAGCCCUGCAGUGGAACCUAAUAAAAGCGCCUGAAGCGAU